AUGCCCCCAUGGCACGGCCGGGUCAAAUCCCACGACAGCAGCCCUCGCCCACUCAAGAGCAGAGGCACACAGGGCACAAGAGACUCCUCCUCCACGCCGCACGGCCACCAGGAAGAGGGCAGCCGGCGCGAUGGAGAAGUGUAUCCUGAUGUCUCCAAGACUACCAGUGACAAAACCGUCAUCUCAAAAAGGUCCAACUCUUUGGAUUCAGACGGUCCUGGGGAUCUGGAGAAGAAUGCCUUGUCGACCAGAGGGAAGGCUUUGCUCACAAACCACCUGUUCUCCCACAGUGCUCUCGACAAAGAGAACGCGUCCUCUUUUGGCGUGGGCGGCGAUAAGCAGGAGGUGUGGGACUGGCUCCCGGAGCCCAUGGACCCCCAGCAGCACGCCCACCUGAGGGCCAGGCGGCGGCCCAUCGUCAAGACGGGCAAGUUCAAGAAGAUGUUCGGCUGGGGCGACUUCCAGUGCAACAUGAAAACGGUCACGCUCAACCUGCUCAUCACCGGCAAGAUCGUGGACCACGGCAACGGCACGUUCAGCGUCUACUUCCGCUACAACGCCACGGGCCAGGGCAACGUCUCCGUGGGCCUGGUGCCGCCCACCAAGGUGGUGGAGUUCGACCUGCUCCAGCGGGUGACGGUGGACGCGUCCGAGUCCAAACUCUUCAACUGCCGCGUGGAGUACGAGAAGGUGGAGCGCGGCGCCAAGAGCUCGCUGUGCGGCUACGACCCGUCCAAGACGUGCGUGCAGGAGCAGACCCACAGCCACGUGUCCUGGCUCUGCUCCAAGCCCUUUAAGGUCAUCUGCGUCUACGUGGCCUUCUACAGCACCGACUACAAGCUGGUGCAGAAGGUCUGCCCCGACUACAACUACCACAGCGACACCCCGUACAUGCCCUCGGGGUAA